CUUCACAUGUCUUGCCCGUAACCCACUAGGCGCGGAUGGAUACUAACAUAGCAAGACUAAGAAAAACGCAUUUGGCUUCGCACGCCGCCUCCAACACUCACGCGGCAAAUGGUCCUGAAUGAAAUACUAGUUCAGACUGCAAGUUACUUACCAGUACUUGACGGCGAUAGAACCGACUCGGACGAGCACCAAGGAAUGUUAGACGAGAAUCUGAUUUGUACGUCGAUUAUCAUUACAAGUAGUACUAUACUUACUAAGGGGAAGCUUGUAACAUUCUAACUCUAAAUUCUUCCAAUUCUCCACGUCUCACGAUAGGUACCGAUGCGGCAACGUCUCCUGUGUGUUGCAAUGGACAAAUCCAGAUUGCUAUACCAGCUGCUGCGUAUUCCCUGAAACCGCGUCCUCGAGGUAUAUAACCUCUCUUCGAACUCUCCUCAUCCCUUCUGUUACGGCAAUCAUGGCGUUUCCGGGGAGUCUGUUCCUCCGGCAAUUUACAAUACUGUGCUGGAAGAAUUGGAUCGUUCUCUCUAAACAUUCGCUCUUGAACAUCCUGCGCUGCUUGUUGUUGCCGAUCGGAUACGGAAUCUUCCUCGCCGUCGCACAGACAUUUCUUUUAAAGCCAAAUAAUUACGGAUUCGGCUCUCCGGUAUCGGUCUACAAUUUGCAGGAUCAGUUUGACGGCUCUCUAACCUUAGUCUGGGCUGAUGGAACCAAUGGUACUGGAACACCCUCUGCGGAACAAGUCAUGGCGCACGUCACCAGUAACUUUACGUCGAAUCAACUUCAAGCGGUCAUGCAGGUUGCGACACCCGCAGACAUACCAACUCAAUGUCCACAAAACUUCGACCUGACCUCUCAGUGCUUUGCUGGUAUCGCGUUCAAUUACCUUCCAAUGAAUGCCACAGAUCCGAAACCAGUCAACUACACCAUCAGUGCCGAUGGUGGUCUUGUCUACAUCAACGUCAUCAGUCAUACUAGUGAUUUCGAGACACGUAUUCUGCCGUUGCAAUGGGCAUUAGACCAGGCAAUCAUCGAGCUUAGAUCUGGACAGGUAGUACCCACUCCUAUGGAAUGGCCAUAUAGUCAGGAAACCAACCAACAACAGGCCACGAAUACGAGACUUAGUUUCAUUAGAGGCAUUCGAAAUCUCAUUGUCAUUGCAUUUUUUAUUUGUUAUAUUGGGAUUGCGUAUCAUCUUCCGGGGUCAUUCACCGGCGAGAGAGCCAAUCUUCUAACCAGCCACAUGAAGGCUAUGGGUCUACUGGAUGCUGCCAGAAUAGCAUCGUGGCAUAUUAGUAUCUCUCUAGCAUAUCUUCCCGCAUGGGUGGUCGUUUCUAUCAUAUGGCACUACCGAAUUUUCAGCGGUACUAACGUUGGCCUGGUGCUUGGUGUGCACCUUCUAUUUGGAUUCUCGCUCGCCAGUUGGUCCUUCUUCGUCGCGGCUCCUUUUGGCAAGAGUCCUCAGCUUGCGGCUGUGGCAACUACAUUCCUUGCUAUGAUAUUUGCUAUCCUCGCGCUAGUCUUCAGCAGUGCUAGCACGGUUACGGCGACUAUUUUUACCGUAAUCUUCCCGCCUGGAUACUACGUUUUCGCAAUCCGUGCUAUAUGUGGCUGGGAAAACCAACAGAUUCCGACCAAUAUCAUGAAGCCAGAUCCGGAUACAAAUCUAAUUUUGUUGCCCUUGAUUAUUGCUGCCAUUGUUGACGUGUUCCUAUGGCCAUAUUUAGGUGUCCUGCUCGAGAGAAGGCUCUAUGACGCCAGAGAGCCGUCCCCAGGCUUUUGGUCGUGCUGCCGCAGGCAGAAAAAGGCUGACCGACCUCUGCAUCCCAACGGAGUUGCAAUUUCUGUCAGGAAUUUGGGCAAGACGUUUUCCCCUUCCUUGUUCCACCGUGAGAAGCGACCGGUCACUGCCAUCGCAGAUUUGUCUUUCGAUGUUCCCAAAUCUGGUAUCUUCGUUCUUUUGGGAUCAAAUGGCGCCGGUAAGUCAACGGCAUUAUCAAUCAUUGGAAAUCUUCUAGGGCGCAGCACCGGAACUAUCACCUUUGAGGGUGGUGCGUCUCGUCCUCCCCGCGGAACGCUCGGCAUCGUGCCUCAGAAAAAUGUGAUAUUCCCUGAACUUUCUUGCUACCAAACUCUCCGCGUAUGGCGCGCAGUGAAGCAUUCUGCCAAAUCGAUAGAUGAAGACGAAGAUUGCGAACAGCUACUGCGCGACUGUGAUCUCGGCAAAAAGAUCCACGCCAAUGCCAGUACUCUCUCGGGUGGUCAGAAGCGCAAACUGCAGCUCGCUAUUGGACUCGUUGGAGGCUCCAAGAUUGUCCUCGUGGAUGAGUGUACAUCCGGCGUUGAUCCAUUAUCCCGCCGGGCGUUGUGGAGGACUUUGACAUCCGUUCGCCUUGACCGGACCAUCGUGUUCACCACUCAUUUCUUGGACGAAGCUGAUCUGUUGGCCGAUAAAAUAGCCAUUUUAGCUGCGCCAGGCAAGCUGGUAGCUGCGGGCACUCCUGUUGCUCUCAAGUCAAACCUCGGGCAGGGAUACAGCGUCCAAGUCAUGUUCGACCUCCCUGAUUUGGCUGAGAAGGACCUUCCAAAAGCACCCUCCGAAGCUUUGGAUCGUAUUCGUCAAGUUUGUCCCCAGUGUUCCAUGUCACUCUCCUCGCCGAGCCAGGCAUCAUACCACCUCAAGUCAAAGGAUCCCGUUGUUGUGGAGAAGGUCCUCCAACUGUUGGAUGAGGAGCGCAGCGCUCUUUGCGUCGCGUCCUGUGAUGUACUUGGGACGUCCAUUGAAGAUAUCUUCCUAGAUCUCAUGGCCCGUCAAACUGGUAGCGCCUCCCUAGAUAGCACCGAGAAGUCCAUUUCAAGUUCAGGUGGUAUUUAUGAGCCCACCCUGGCUGAAUCGACAGACGGCUCAUCUUCCCCACCUGGAGCUCUUCAGCUUACUGAUGGGCGACCUCGUUCCCCUCUUAGUCAAGCCUUUACGAUCUUUUAUAAGCGUGCAUUAAUCGCUCGCAGGAGUUGGCUAACACCCUUGUUGGCUGUGGUCAUCGCGGUUUGCGGUUCAUGCAUCCCGAUAGUCUUCCUGUCUGGCCAGGACACAACAUGUACCACUAAGCUCGGGAACGAGUCGGUCAUUUCGUUGUACUUCCCCGAAUCGCCCAUCUACUAUUCAGCGUCUGGACCUGGUACCCGAGUUUUGGAGUCACCCCCGAAUAUCAUUUCGACUCUCGGCUCAACUGUGUCAUACCUCAAAACGGAGAACAUCGUUGACAAUGCCACAUUUGUCUCGACGAUUGACCAGGACUACCUUAACUUGACGUUUGGUGGGAUAUCGAUAGAUAUGCUGACGGGUGAUUCGUUAUUUGCAUGGCAGGCAACCCCGCCCGGUUUAACUGGUCCGACCAUGAUGAAUCUGGUAACAAAUAUACUGUAUAAUCGGGCAUUGAACGCUUCUGGGGUCAUUGAACGCACGCCGAACCUCAUUUACGCGAGCUAUGCUGCUUUCCCUCAUCUUGCUUCAGGGACUCUGGUUGAUCUCAAGUGGGUGGCGUUUUUUGGGGCCGCUAUGGCUGUCUUUCCUGCGUUCUUCUCCAUCUAUGUCUCAAGAGAGCGAAGAUCAGCCGUGCAAGCCAUGCAACUGUCGAACGGUCUUUCAAAUCCCGUUGGGCUUUGGAUUGGCCAUCUCAUGUGGGACUCGAUAUUCUCGGUGACAAUAGCUACAAUCAUUAUCAUUGUCUUCGCUACCACUACGAAUCAAUUCACCGGCCUUGGUUUCUUCUGGGUCGUUCUUUUUUUGUAUGGCAUCGUUGGCGCGCUAUUCGCGUACUGCGUGUCGUUGUUCAUGUCGUCACCCCUGUCCUCUUUUGCAGCAGUGGCAGGAUACCAAAUCAUCGUAUAUAUCCUGUACUUGGGUGGAUAUCUCUUGACGCUGACUUAUGCGCCGCCGUCUCAAUCCGGCAGUAUCAUCACGAUCAUCCACUUCACGUUUUCGGUGCUAUCGCCGGUGGCUAGUGUCAUGCGUACCGCCUUUGUAUCAGUAAAUCUCUUCUCGCUGCUUUGCAACGGCGCGACUCCUGUGACAUCGGCAUCACUUGGUGACCUCAUGCAAUUUGGAGGUCCCAUCCUCUACCUCUUCGUUUAUGGCUUUGUGCUGUUCGGUAUUCUCGUAUGGGUUGACUCUGGGUCAAUUAUCCCUCGUCGAUUCCUCAAUACCAAGGGACGGCGAGUACGAAUGGAUAAGUUGCAGGCCAGUUUCGAGGCUAAUAGACAAGAUGUUGCUGCUGAAGCGCACGCGGUGGCAAAUUCCAGUGAUGUGCUGCGUCUUCUUCAUCUUACCAAGACUUUUGGGAGCAAUAAAGUUGUUGAUGACGUGUCUUACGGGGUCUCUCGGGACACUAUUUUUGCUAUGCUUGGGCCUAACGGGGCUGGCAAAACUACAACGUUCAACAUGAUUCGUGGCGACAUUGUUCCGGAUAUGGGAGAUGUAUUGAUCAAGGGGACAUCAGUGUUAACUUCUCCGAGAACCGCACGUCUAUCUUUGGGAGUCUGCCCGCAGUUUACUGCGAUCGACUCUCAGUUGACUGUUCGAGAACACCUCAUGAUCUAUGGACGUCUCAAAGGCCUGAAGAGAGGCUUUGAACUGAAGACAAAUGUCGAGGCACUCAUGGUUGCUACAUCAUUGCAUGUGUAUGCUGACAGACUAGCAAGUCAACUGUCCGGCGGGAAUCAGCGCAAGCUGUCUCUUGCUAUCGCCCUCAUUGGUAACCCCUCCGUUGUUCUCAUUGACGAGUUUUCUACGGGAGUAGAUGCGAAGAUGAAAAGAGAUAUGUGGGGCACUCUCCGGAACGUCGCUGUCGGAAAAGCAAUUGUUAUCACAACACAUUCCAUGGAAGAAGCUUCAGCUCUGGCAAAUAAGGUUGGCAUCAUUUCUAAACAAUUACUGGCUGUUGGUACAAUCGACAACCUGGUCUCGCGUUAUGCCACGUACCAAGUGCAUUUCUCUUGUCCGACACGAGAGGACGUGAUUAGAGCUCAGGUCCUUAUGAGUCGGAUUCCAGGCUCCCGUCUAGCCGACGAUGUUGCCACGCGCUUCGAAGUUCCUAUACAAGAAGGCAGCGGUUUCACCCUUGCGCGAUUGUUCCAUAUUCUCUCGUCCCAAGGCGAUUUCCAGGAGUACACUGUAGAAAAGGCGACACUAGAAAGUGUGUUCCUGAAGGUUAUUAGAGGUAAUAAUGUUAUGGAGGAGGACGAUUCCCCUGGACGACGACGCAGGUUUCGGUUGUGGUGAUGCCGCAAGUUGCCCAAAUAUUUAGUUAGACUGGACUGACUUAGACUUGCAUGGACUUUGACAUGGACGAUAUAUGCAUUAAUGAUUGUAAUAGUAUCAAUGUAUCUUUACGACCAUUGAUUGCAGUUGAUAGCAAUAGUAUGCUUACCGUGCUGGUAUCAUCAGUUCAUGUUACAUAUUGCAAAAGUGGUACCAGUGAGUCAAUAAAAUUUCA